AUGAGCGGAGGCGGCGCCCUGCAGCAACGCACCACCUACCUCAUCUCCCUCACCCUGGUCAAGGUAGAGGCUGUGGAGGAGAAUGGAAGGGAGGCCAAAAACAGCACCCAGGGGAUGGAGGUGGAGGCCAGGCCGGCAGGAAGGGCAGGAGAAGAGGCUGGGCCGAGGGCGGAGGCUGAAGGUGAAGCUCCUGCUCGGACUGAGAAUGGAGCUGGGGUGGAUUUAGGACAACCACAAAGGGCUGAUGAUGCUGUUUUGAAAGGGGGCGAGUUAACUAAUGAACUCAAAGGGGGGGAGAGAAAACCCAUCAGCCCUCUGAAAGAUAAAGCUCCCUCCACCGUUGAUGUCCCGAGCACAGGGAGUGAAAAACCGCCAUGCAACCUCUCAAUCCCCUUACCUGCUGAGAGAGCGGCAAUCCAGAAGACAAAGUCCGCUGAGAUCGAGAAAACUCUUUCCACCCCGGAGGCAAAGCAAUGCACGUCACCAUCGCUGACCCCAACACCACCAACAGAGGUGCUGGAGCCCAGCCGCACCCCGACCAGGACCAGCCUUCCCAUCCGCCCGGUGGGCCAGCGUCCUGUGAGUCUGCUGAAGUCUCACAGCAGCGUGGCCACCCGAGGUCGCGACUCCAGGGAGGGUAGAGAGCGCAGCCCUACCUCGGCACAGAGCCUGGACCGCAAGGACUGCCGCAUGCCGACGCGCUCGCCAGGCCCCUGCAGGGCCUCGUGGGCUGAGGCGAGCAGACCCGAUGGGUGGAGGGACCUGCGGGAUGAAGCUCAAGCUGGAAUACCUCUCGAGAUUGGAGGUGGCAUGGCCGCAGUGAUGAGAGACAUCCCCAGGAAGGAGAGACUAAAGACCGGUUCGGCCUCCCUGCCUGCGCCUGCAACCCAGGCCUCCAAACCGGCACGGAAAGGUAAAAGCCGCACGCUGGAUAACAGUGACCUGAACAGCCUCUCUGAGGACCUGGGCCUGGCCAGGGAAGCUCAGCAGGCCCAGCAGGGCCAACGAGGCUCCGCUAAAGACAGGAAGAUGCUCAAGUUCAUCAGCGGCAUUUUCACAAAGAGCAGUUCGGGGGCAGCAGGGUCAUCCUCCACAGCGCCUCCUGUCUAUAUACAGAGAGACUCCAGUGAGGAGGAAGUAAAUAUUGCCAACAGCCAGGAGUGGACCCUGAGCAGAUCCAUCCCAGAGCUGAGACUGGGCAUCCUGGGAAGUCUAAAAAGUGGCAAGUCAGCGCUGGUGAACAAAUACAUCACGGGCAGCUAUGUUGCACUUGAGAAGCCGGAUGGUGGCAGGUAUAAAAAGGAAGUGCUUGUGGACGGACAGAGUCAUUUAUUACUGAUCCGAGAGGAAGCUGGACCACCUGAUGCACAGUUCAGCAGCUGGGUCGACGCAGUGAUCCUGGUCUUCAGUCUGGAGAACGAGGCCAGCUUCCAGGAGCUCUACCAGCUCUACAGCCAGCUGAGCGCACACCGCACAGACAUCCCAGUCAUCGUGGUCGGCACCCAAGAUAAAAUCAGUAGCACCAACCCCCGUGUGAUCGAGGAUCAGAGGGCCAGACAGCUGUGCAUUGAUGUGCGUCACUCGCUGUUUUAUGAGACCUGCGCCACCUACGGGUUCAACGUGGACCGAGUUUUUUCAGAGGCCGCUCAGAAGAUUGUAGCUCAGAAGAAGCAGGCGGCGCUGCAGGCCUGCAAGUCACUCCCGAACUCUCCCAGCCACUCCGGAGGCUCCACACCUGGAUCAGCAUCGUUCCCCAGCCAGGCCAGUAAUGGCCCGAGUAGCGGCUACGCCUACUCCCUCCCCUCCACCCCUGUGGUCAGUCACAGGGAGCUGCGGGUCGCACAGGGAGAGGGGGGAGGCAGCGUCAGCUCCCGUUCGCUGAAGAGCAUCCCCAGACGGCCCUCCCUCUUCAAGAACCGCGACCCAGAUAAGAAGGCUGCUGAUGGUAAAGGAGACCUGAGCGGAGCGCGGGGUGCUCCUAUCAAACAGAGCAUCCUGUGGAAGAGGAGUGGGAGCUCUCUCAACAAGGAGUGGAAGAAGAAAUACGUCACCCUGUCCAACAAUGGCACGCUGUCUUACCACUCCAGCUCCAGCGACUACACACAGAAUACCCACGGAAAGGAAAUCGAUCUCCUGCGCGUGACGGUUAAAGUUCCCGGGAAACGUCCUCCAAGAGCCGUGGCUCCGGCGGGCCCCUCACCUGUCCCCCCCACCUCCGUACCUGGAGUUAACGGGCUGAGCAAGGAGCCGACAGCCGCUGAUAACACCAGCACAGUUCCUCAGCUGUGUCCCGGCACCCUCUCUGUGGUCGAUGACCGCUCUGGUGGUUUGUCGCCUCAAGGAGGAGAGCGAGGACUUCAGCGCUGCCCCUCCUCAUUGUCCACCAAAGCACAAAGUGUUGAUGCCCUCGAAGGGGCGGCCAGUCCUUUCUCUGGGAAAGACCCCGGCCAGUCAUCUCCCAUGAGCGACAGGAAGAAGAACAGGCGGAAGAAGAGUAUGAAUCAGAAAGGAGAUGCAGCCGUCGGGCAGGCUGAAGCCAAACGCAAAAUGUGGAAAUUAAAGAGCUUUGGUAGCUUGAGAAACAUUAAUAAGACAGAGGAAGAGAACGCAGACUUUAUCAUCGUGUCGUUCACCGGGCAGACGUGGCACUUUGAGGCUCAGAGCCUGGAGGACAGGGACUCGUGGGUGUCAGCUAUAGAGAGCCAGAUCCUGGCCAGCCUGCAGUCCUGCGAGAGCGGCAGAAACAAGGCUCGGAGGAGCAGCCAGAGUGAAGCUGUAGCGCUGCAGGCCAUCCGCAACGCCAAGGGCAACAGUCUGUGUGUGGACUGCGAAGCACCAAAUCCCACCUGGGCCAGUCUCAACCUGGGUGCGCUGAUCUGCAUCGAGUGCUCAGGGAUCCAUCGAAACCUGGGGACUCACCUGUCUCGCGUUCGCUCGCUGGACCUGGACGACUGGCCCGGCGAGCUCACGCAAGUCCUGGCCGCCAUCGGGAACCACAUGGCCAACAGCAUCUGGGAGAGCUGCACCCACGGCAGAACCAAACCCACACCUAAUGCAACCCGUGAGGAGAGGGAGUCGUGGAUCCGUGCGAAGUACGAACAGCGGGCGUUUGUGGCGGCUCUGCAGCCAGUCUCGGGGUCCCAGCUUCCAGAGGACAGUAUGCCGGUGUGGCUGCUGUCCGCGGUGACUGAGCGAGAUCUGCCCAGACUGCUGCUCCUCCUGGCCCACAGCACCAAGGACCAGAUCAACGCCCAACUGGCCGGGGCGACUUCACCGCCUCGCACCGCCCUGCACGCUGCUUGCCAGCUGGGAGACGUAGUCAUGACCCAGCUGCUCAUCUGGUACGGAAUUGAUGUGAAAGCGAAAGAUGGCCAAGGCCAGACAGCCAUGAGGAUCGCCAGAAGAACAGCGAGCAAAGGCUGCAUCGAUAUUUUGCUCCAACACGGCUGUCCAAACGAGACGUCCCCCCCCACCGCCACACCCGUCCUCUCCCGCCGGUCCAGCACCGCCAGCCUGGGCCGAACCAGCUCCAGGAAGCGGGUGUCGUAGCGCGAACCGAGGGCGCUACCACACAGGAGCUGGUGACGACUGGAGGACGCUUCUAGAUGAGAAACCUUUUAAAAUGUGGAAACAAGCAGAGCUGGCUGGUGACAGGACGAUAUCAUAGUGCAGAGGAUUUCAAACAUUGUUUCUGAAGACUGAACAACAUAUCAAACAACUUAAAAGCAAUAUUCAUUUGAUUUGUUGAUGACAGAUAUAUUGCUGAAAUACUGUGUUGUUGUUGACCUCAUUUUAAAAUGACUCCAGUAGAACUUUGUAGCUGUCUUCUGUCAAUUUUAGAGCAGACGCUCAAACUGCUUCUGUUUCACUUCCUCCAGAAGAAGUGCAAUAAUCCAGCUACGAUGAUGAAGAGCAACAAGUUUUAGAGCGAACUGUGUCGGAUGACUGCUUGGUCGCUGUCGUGAGAGAAUCAAUACAUCGAGAGGGUGCUGCUUUUAUUCAGAGUUGUUGUGACUGGACCAAAACAGCAAUUAUUUCCUUUGGCUUUACAAAUAAAACCUACAGUAUGUCAUGUUGUUAGUUCUGUGUGCCUGUCGCAGCAGUAUAAAGGUCAGUUUGGCCAAUAUAAACUGUUUUUCAGUGACGAGUCAGCUGAGAUAAUUCUGCUUAGAUUAGAAAAAUGAAUGGUUUGGAAUAUGAAAUUUGUCAGUGUUACUCUAACAGGUCAAAGAUAUGGCGUUUUAAUAUACUGUAAAUGUAACUAUACUACAUGCUUAAUGUUAAACUGUAACAAAGACACAACUGAAAAAUCAAAGACUCAAUUUUGUAAAUGAUUUCUACUGGUAGUUUUGAAAAUCUGUUUGGUUUUUUCAUUGUCUCUUAUAAUUUCUUACAUGUCGUAAAAGCAUAAGCCAGUAAAGAAAUGCUUUUAUGUAUGUAAACAUGUGGCUAUUUGUUUCAUUCGGGAUGGCCGGACGACCGCAUAAAGACGAUGACGUUAUUGACAUUCAUGUUGCUGUUGUGUAGAUCUAUCCCAUGAGUUUACAGUGAAGUAUGAAGAGUUGCAGGUGUCGCAGUUAAUUCUGACACUUUUCGUGGGUCGUGUGAAUCCCUCAUGAGCUAAAAGAAAUGGUUACCGGAAUAAAAUAAACUUUUUUUAAUUAGCAUUAUCACA